GAGAGAGAGAGAGAAAAAGCACACCAUCCCAGAAAACACAAGUAACAAAGAGUGUUACACACAGAAAACACAAGCAACAAAGAAUCACAUUCAUGGCUUUCUUCUUUUACUUCAACUAUUUGGAGCUUAAUAAGCCACAGAUCCAGAAAAAAAAGAACAAGCUUUAAAAACCCACCAAAGAUUCAUUCAUAUUCAUGGCUCUCUUCCUUUACUGCAACUAUUUGGGGCAUAACAACCCACAGAUCCAGAAACAAAAAGACAUGCUUUAUAGGAGUUCAAGUAUGUUCUUAGUGUUCAUCAACAAUUUUGAAUAUCCCAUCAAAAUUCAGAGCUUUCUUCCAAUCCAAAACCUCAUCUUUUUUCGUUUUAGCAUCUGAAUUUACUUAAUUUCCAAGCCUUGUUUCUGGAUUUGUAAACCCAACAAAAAAAAAAAAAAAAACCAUUUUGUCUUGAUUCCUGCUUUCAAAUCGGUUCUGGGUUAAGUGUGGGAGGAACAAAAGGUGCUAACUUUUGAAAAACUGGAGUCUUUUUUGGGUGGUUGGGUUUGUGGGCAGUCUCUUAUUGUUCUUCUUCUUGUUAACUUUCUUAGAUGAAGGCCAUGCCCUUUCCUUUUGAGGAAUUUCAAGGGAAGGGAGUGUUGGAUUUUUCUUCUGCAUCAGAUUCAAUAUCACUGCUUUUGCAUCAACAACAAAAGUGGACAAGAGACAAAGAGUAUUGCUAUGUGGGCACUGAGCCCACCUCUGUUCUUGACUCUAGAAGAAGCCCAAACCCUUCUACUUCAUCCUCCACCAUGUCCUCUUCUCUUGGCAGCAAUAGCACCGGCAAGGGUGGUGGUGGUGGUGGUUCAGCCAAUAACACCACUUGUGCAGCCCCAACUGUUUCUGAGAACCCACCUCAUGAAGCCUUGGAAACCCCCACAGAUAAAUGUGGUAUGAGAAUGGAGGAAUGGGAGGGUCAAGAUCAAUCUAUUCUGAGAUUAAUCAUGGGUGAUGUUGAAGACCCAUCUGCAGGAUUGAGCAAACUCUUCCAGAGCAGUGGCUGCGGUUCUCAAAAUAUUGAUUUCAAUGGAGGUUUUGGUGGUUUGGAUCAAGGGUUGAAUCUGGUAAGUAUUAUUGACCCUUCUGUGCCUGGGAAUUACCCUGGUUUCCCUUUCAUUGCUGAAAAUAUAGAUAGCCACAAUGCAAAGACUGGUUCUAUCUCGGUUUCAGAAUCAUUUUUUCCUGCUUCUGGUAACAAUAACAAUCCUUUGUUGAUGUCAACAUCCCCGGGUGUGUUUAAUUCUCAUCAUCAUCAUCAUCAUCAUCAUCAGCAGCAGCAGCAGCAGCAAGUGAUUGGUGAAGUAGAUGAGAAACCUCAAGUUAUCAAUCCUCAGUUUAUGUUAAACCAGAAUCAAGUUCAAUUCUCAGAGAACCCUUCUUUCUUUGUGCCAUUGAAUUACCCUCAAAUGCAAGAACAGCAAGCUUUCUCUCAGCAACAAGCAAAACGCCCUCCUUGUGACACAAUUGGGCACAAUUAUCAGGUUCCAAGGUUACCCCUUUUGGAUUCAGGGCAAGAGCUAUUUGGUAGGAGGCAGCAAACACAGCUUCCAUUGUUUCCUCAUCAUCUGCAACAACAGCAAUCAUUGGUUUUGCCAUCAUCAAAACAGCAGAAGGUGAGUUCCACCGGAGAUGAUGCAAACCACCAGCUUCAGCAGAAUAUCUUUGAUCAGCUAUACAAAACUGCUGAGCUGAUAGAAGCUGGUAAUCCGGUUCAAGCGCAAGGGAUAUUGGCGCGGCUCAAUCACCAGCUCUCCCCUACUGGUAAGCCUUUUCAGAGGGCUGCUUUUUACAUGAAGGAGGCCUUGCAGUUAUUGCUUCAUUCAAACAUUCACAAUUUCAAAGCUUUCUCACCACUUAGUUUCAUAUUCAAAAUUGGAGCUUAUAAAUCAUUUUCUGAGAUAUCACCUGUUCUUCAGUUUGCCAAUUUUACUUGUAAUCAAGCCAUCAUUGAAGCUGUGGAAAGGUUUGAUCGAAUUCACAUUAUUGAUUUUGAUAUCGGGUUUGGAGUGCAAUGGUCUUCUUUUAUGCAAGAGCUCGCCUUGAGAAAUAGUGGUGCACCUUCACUUAAAGUUACUGCUGUUGUAUCACCCUCCACUUUUGAUGAGGUUGAGCUCAAUGUUACACAAGAAAAUUUGAAUCAAUACGCGAAAGAGAUCAACAUGUCGUUUGAGCUCAAUGUUUUGAGCAUUGAAUCAUUGAACUCUCCUUCUUGUGGUCAGUUCUUUGAUAAUGAGGCAAUUGCAGUGAAUAUGCCAGUUUCUUGUUUCACAAAUUAUCCAUCACUGUUUCCUUCAGUCCUUCGCUUUAUAAAGCAGCUUAGGCCAAAAGUGGUGGUCACUUUGGAUAGAAAUUGUGAUCGAAUUGAUGUACCAUUCUCCACCAAUGUUGUCCAUGCUCUUCAAUGUUACUCAGCCUUACUUGAAUCAUUGGAUGCUGUGAAUGUGAACCUAGAUGUCCUCCAAAAGAUUGAGAGGCAUGUUGUUCAGCCAGCCAUUAAGAAAAUUAUAUUGGGUCACCACCAUUCACAGGAAAAAUUACCUCCUUGGAGGAACAUGUUUCUUCAAUAUGGGUUCUCUCCAUCCACAUUUAGUAACUUCACAGAAGCUCAAGCUGAGUGUUUAGUGCAGAGGGCACCUGUGCGGGGAUUUCAAUUGGAGAGAAAGCACUCCUCUCUUGUUCUAUGCUGGCAGAGGAAAGAACUCAUCUCAGUUUCAACUUGGAGAUGCUGAGAAGCAGCUAAUUAACCUAUAUUUUUAAAGGUGCUUCAUAACUUACUAUUGUAGUUUAUGUAAUUUAGACUUUUUUUGUUGAGAUCAACCCCACCUAAAUGUUUUCUUGACUAGAUGGGUUGAUUUCUACAAUUCCUACGUUUCUAUUGCUAGUAUGUCACUUUGAAUAUGGGUAUUAAUUAUGCCUUUCACCAUUUCCAUUAUCUAAGAUUGGUGAUUUCUCUUUGUUAUCUUGAAUUCCAAAGCAAAUUGCUUUGGAUGAAACGAACAAUGUAGCCAAGAAUGCUGUCUCUAUAUUUAU